AAAACCUAGUACACCUUCAGUUGCUGGUCCCCAUUGACAUCCAUGGUGUGGAAUCAUUUCCAUUCCGUAUCAUUUCCUUCAAUCAGCUCAGCAUUUUUCAAACUGUGUGAAAUGUGAGACAUCACUCAUGGUGUCUGGAAACAACCAUUGCAGCAUAUGUUCCAACAGGAAAAGAUUUGUCACAGAAGGUCUGCAUAUGGUGCUGGUUGUCAGCUGGUUUUGCUUUAGGACACAUAUUUUACAAUUACAUCAAGUGGCAACCCAACACAGGACUAUAAUCAUUCAGCAACCAAACUGAAUUGAAUGUAGUCUAUACUGUGUAGUUCUGCUCAUUGUUUGUAAAGGCUAUUUAUACUCGCCAUAGUCUGAGAUAAUAUCUAUCAUCUCUCUCCUGACCCAGAUCUACCUUUACCAAAAAAUCAGAAGUCUCUCACAGGGAGGAACUGCUCAAGCCUAACCGAAAGAUCUCCCACAUUCCUCUAUCACAUGGCUACACAAGGUAAUAGUCAUCGUCAAAAGUCUCUCAGUCCUCAGUCGUCCAUAGACAGUGACCUAAGUGUCUCUGAACUGGAGGACGACUCCAUCUCUAUGAGCUAUAAGCUUCAGGACAUGACUGAUGUGGAGGUCAUGGCCCGACUGCAGGAGGAGAGUCUACGGCAGGAGUACGCGAGCACAGCUGCCACACGCACAGCCACGCGGCGCAGUGCCAGUUUUUCGGUGCACACAGGUGCACGCAGGAGCAUGAGGAGUGAGGCCGAGCUGGAGGAAGAGGAAGAGGAAGAGGAAGAGUACGAUCAGCUGUCAGCUCCGCAGCCGCGGCUCUUCCGUACGUCCUCUAUGCAGCGCAGCACGUCCCACUCACAGAGCCUCUCCAGCAUGAAAGAGUGCCGGCGCAGCCCAUCCACGCCUCAGUACCUCAACAGCCUGUCCUACCAGCAGCUGCACAUGCCCAACCUCAGCUCCAGUGCAGCUACAGAGACCCAGAGCUACAGAGCCAGCACAGACAAGCUAAGGAGGAGCAUGCCAAACCUACUUCGAGCUCCCAGCAUUCCCAGUGUCAUCAGUGUGCCGAACGUUCCUGCUCCGACCGCUCACAUUGCCACAUCGUCCUCGUCUUUCUCGUUACUCCGAAACAGUCAGAGUUUUGAUUCCCACAGUGGUCUGACCAAGAUACAGUCUGCAAUUCCCUCUCCGGGCCAGUUACAGCAGCGGGUUCAGAGCGUGGGUAACUUCUCAACACGGCCCCCUCUGAAAGCCACAGCGUACGUGAGCCCUACCAUCCAGAGUGCCACCACAAUGCCUUCCUCUGUUAGUCUCAGCUCUAUCCCCAGCAGCAGCAGCAUCCCUCUCCCCAGCAAACCCUCCUCCAGUCGCAGCGCUCUACCUCGUCCUGCCUCCUUUGUUGGGACAAGUGGGGCCUCACGCAGUAAAAUUGCACAGCCCAUACGCAGUUUACUGACUCCACCGAAGAGUGUCUCUGCUCUGAGCGCCCUGCGUGACGGCAGCUGGAGGGACGGCUGCUAUUAA